GUCAGGUAGUACUUCGUGUUCAAAGAUGGACGUUUCUUCUUCGAAACUUUUAGAAAAAAUAACUCUGUGAAAGUUUUGUUUUUCUUGGUUAAAAGUUCAUCAUAAUGGCCGAGUCAGCAGCAAAACAGAGUCAGAGAGUGCCCAAGGUGGCGAAGGUAAGCGAAGUUAUUCAUUUUGUUCGAGGAAUGGCAGUUAAAAUGUAUAUGUGAAUAUUUGUAUUUUGUCUUGUUUAAUAUGUUCGGAGAAUCUUGUAAAAAUUCCAUACGAGGGUUAAACAUAAGGCAGACAACACUAAUUUUGUUCUAAAACCAUCUGGUUUCUUGCAUCAAUUGAUAUAAAUGCCUUUAUUUGAAUGAUAUAAUCUUGAACUACACUUCGGCUUUCCACGCGGUGUAUGAAUCGCUAAGGUAGUGUAGGUAGUACCAAUAUGGCCCAAUAAAUAACAAAACUUCGGUUGGUAGAGACACAACUACCUGAAAAAUACAAGGAGAGCUUCGAAGUUUCGAGUGAAGCGCUUUUGCUCGUAAACUAAUCAAUAAUAAUUACAAAUUGCUCCUUUAAUUAUAACAGGGCUGCAAAUUACUGUCGGACAUCGGACAAUGUCCGACUAAAUUUGACAAAUGUCCGAGCAAAAGUAAUUUUGAUCAGACAAAAAAAAAUUGUCACAUUAUACAUUUUUUUGCUGUGCCAAAAUCCGAUGCAACUUAACUCAAUUUGCAUUUUGCAAUAAAAUUUACGAGGCAUUCUAGCAUUUUACUUAACGUUGCGCCGGAAUGGCUAUACAUACUUGUCUUGUGACUUAUAUACUGUAUUUCUUGUGACGUGUAUAUGUCCGACCAAAUUUAGUGGUGUUGGUUUUUGUCCGACCAAAUUGAAGUUAUGUCCGACCAAAUUGAAGUUAUGUCCGACCAAAAUUAAAAGUGAUCAGACAAAUGUCCUGUCAAGUCAAAUAUUUAUUUGCAGCCCUGUUAUAAUAAUAACUAAAAUUAAUAACUAAUUAACUAGCCCUGUAACUUAGUUGCCGACUAUAUAUAUGAUGUAAAUAUUUUAGUAAAUUGCAAAUACCUAUUAGAAUAGGUAGUUCUUUAUGACUAUAGUCUGAGAUAUAUAUCACUGUGUGUGAUGUCCUUGUAUAUGUAAAUAUUUGAAACUAUAGACAUUCUCUGGUAAUAAUAUUUAUUUAAUAUUAUCUAGGUAAAGAAUAAAGCAGCAGCACCUGUACAGAUUACUGCCGAACAACUUUUACGAGAAGCUAAAGAAAGACAAUUGGAAGUUGUCGCUCCAGUAAGUAAUUGAAAUAUGGUAGUUUAACCCUUCAAGCGGCAAUGUGCCCUGUAGUGCCCGACCUCAGUAUUUUACUCUUUCUAAUGCUGGACAAUUUUACUUGUCAAGGGGAGAGUGUUGCCACUCAUGGGUAAAGUUAAUAUAUGUGAAUUUGAUAUAUGAUAAUGUUAACAUUACAAAUUAUGCUACAGGUAAUCACUUUCAUUGCCAACUCCUCUCCAAUUAAUUGGCAAAGUGAUAUAGGCUUGUAGCACAAUUUUAACGACUAAUUUUGAAUGUUAACCUUAUCAUAUCAUUCUGAUUGUAACUUGCACUGUGAUUUAAUCAGCCUGUAAGGGAUUAAUUUUCGAUUAGAUUAAGUUUUCAGCAAUUCCCACCCUUCUUUAUUCUGCCAUUGCCAAACAAGUUUAACCCUUUAAGUGGCAAUGCACCCUUAUGGCCCCUAUACUUUAGUAUUUUCCUCUGUCUAACGCCAGACGAUUUUACUCGUCAAGUGGACAGUUUUGUCACUCAAUGGGUUAAAUUAACAAUCGUUAUCUACUGUAGCCACCAAAACAAAAAAUCUCUGAUCCAGACGAACUUAAAGAAUACAAACUUCGAAAAAGAAAGGUAUGAUACAAUAAAUAUGUUCUAAUUUGUGUAGUGUUACAUAAACUAAUUAUCACAUACAUAAAGACGAGGCUCUAUAGCCAAGGUGAUGUACUUUCCUGGUGUAUUAGUGCUUUUUUCAACCUGUUUUGUUUUUCAGGCAUUUGAAGAUAGUAUUCGAAAGAAUCGUUCGUUAAUGCCAAACUGGAUUAAGUAUGCACAAUUUGAAGAAAGUCAGAAUGAAAUUGAUAGGUAAGACACACAACUACUGUAUAAACUGUAGUAACAGCCAUGCACUGUGCUGAUAUAUUACUAUACUCAAACUAUUUUAGGUCAAGGUCUGUGUACGAACGAGGUAUAGAUGUUGACCAUCGAUGCAUUCCAAUAUGGUUGAAAUAUGCUGAAAUGGAAAUGAAGUAAGUGUCCUAUACUAGAGCAUCAAUCCUAGGGAGAGAUUAGGGGGGGGGCACUUCCCCUCGUUUUUCGGGCAUUUGUAAAAUAAUUCUUUUGGUAUGUGAGCUAGCUUGCUUGUAUGGUCCUUUAAUAUACCAUAAUCAGUUAUAAAACAUUUAAUUAUUUAAUAUAAAAUCUAUUCUUAAAGAAAUGAUUCUUAUGAUUUGCAUCUUCUAGGCAUCGUCAAGUUAACCAUGCUCGGAACAUUUGGGACAGAGCGGUGACCAUUUUGCCUCGAUGUAACCAAUUCUGGUGAGUAUUUUUUGCUGGUGAUAAUAAAUUGUAAGAUUAAGUUGAAGGCAAAAUAUAAUUUCAUUUCAAAUUGAGAAUCUCAAUCCCAUGUUAAAGGAGUCCUACCAGUUUCUAUCUAUGGUACCCUUGGUUUUCUCCAGAUCUCUGAGGUCCACAGUACCUGUAGUAAUUCUCUGGACCAAUAAGGGAUGGCCCUUAAGGAUAAUUUCCACUCAGGCUGUGGAUUGGAACGGACAAGAAAAUUUUUCUUUGUCUUGUGAGCUCUGGGUUGGAAUAUUAGACUUUAACACACAGAAAAAUUGUUUUGUCCGUUCCAAUCCAAUCCACGGAUAAUUUUCCUGAGUGGAAAUUAGCCUUAACUGGACCUACAGUAUAGAGAGGACAGAUUACAAUUAAUAGAACUAUCUGGUAUAUACAGGGCUUGAAAUAACAGCCGAUCAAUGAUCGGCAAGAAAUUGCUUACGAUCGGCGGAAAAGCAGGGUUUCCAACAUGAAAAAAGCAAGGAAAGUCAUGACUGUUGAUCAGCAUGAUCGGGAACUUUGAGAACGUUAUUUCAAGCCCUGAUAUAUAAAAUUUGUUUUGUUUACCUUGAAGGGUGCAUGCCAGCAAGGUGCUGACAAUAACACCAGAAAGCUGCCUAUUGAGAGGGAUUUAAAUUAACCUUAAAAAUACAAGUAAAACUUUGACGUUUCGAGCAAAGGCCCUUCAUCAGGAAGUUGGUAAUGUCGAACUUUUACUUGUAUUUUUCAGGUAGUCGAAUUUCUCUCAUUUUGCUGCUUUCUAGUUUAGUUUACCUACUCUAGUAUCAAACUCUAGUAGGCUUCCUGUCAGGGCUUGAAAUAAGGUUCCCAAACUUCCCGAUCAUGGUGAUCGGCAGUCAUGACUUUCCCUGCUUUUUCAUGUUGGAAACCCUGCUUUCCCACUGAUCACAAGCAAUUUCUUGCCGAUCAUUGAUCGGUGAUCGGCUGUUAUUUUAAGCCCUGUCCUGUUGUACUAGACUAACACCAGAGACUGUAUCUAUUGUACAGUAAUAAAACUAGUUUGUGUUAUGUAGGUACAAAUACACAUAUAUGGAGGAGAUGUUGGGAAACAUUGCUGGAGCUCGACAAGUGUUUGAAAGAUGGAUGGAGUGGGAGCCAGAAGAACAAGCAUGGCAUUCGUACAUUAAUCUCGAACUUCGCUUCAAGGAGUUUGAGAGAGCUCGCAGUAUUUACGAGAGAUUUGUUUAUGUUCAUCCUGAGGUCAAGAACUGGAUAAAAUAUGCUAAGUUUGAGGAGAAACAUGGGAAUAUUGGUAUGUGACUGCAUCUGUCUGUCUGUGCUGUAUUUUAUGGGUACAAUGAACCCGAGAGAAUAGUGGGUUGGGUAAAACAUGUAAGGUACAAUAUAGUAGUGUGCUAUUUAAUUAAGUGGUGCAAAAGUGUACCUACUGUAAAAAGUGUCAACAGGCAUGAACAUGCUCAAUUGGGUCAUUCCAGAAAACAUCCAUACCUUCCCCACAGAGGAAAUUGGAAGUUAACCCCCCUACCCCCUUCGGAUGUCCUAAUACAUUCACUAUUAUCAGAAACAAUUUUGUCUCCCCUCCCCCUCCGGACGGCAGAAAUAUCCUCCGUGGGGGGAAUGUGGAUCUUAUCCGGAACGACCCAUUUAUACCAGAGACACAUCAUCCAUGUUGGUGUUAACUCAAUUACAGUCAAAUCCUGUGUUCCGUUGCCAGCAACAUUGCAAUAUUGUCACGCAAUAUUGCAAUGUUGAUCGGCUGAUUGCUCUAGCAAAUUGCAACCGACGCGAACAAAUUGCAAUUCUUACAUGUUGCCAACUUGUCAAGAGGUCGUGCCCAAAUGUCAAUGCUAAGCAUUUGAUCGACUUAUUUUGUACUAGUAGCUUAUCAAGCUUUAUUUAUUUAUGAACUUUUGAAUUUUACAGUUGACGGUUUAGUACUGUUACUGUAUGUAAAAAUUGCAAUUUGUUUGCAUCGGUUGCAAUUUGCUAGAUCAAUCAGCUGAUCAAUAUUGCAUGACAAUAUUGCAAUGUUGCCCGCAACGGAACACCGGAUUUGACUGUAAAACUCCUACUAAGAUACAAUAUUGCUGUACUGGUAAGAGUCCUAGGUAGAAUCUUGUUGGUUUUUCCUACUGCCAUAUUUAAGCACGAAGAUGGAUUGUCAGUAAAGGUGGUUUUCCAUUAGGUGGAUUAUUUUUUUUGUCUUAUGAUUUCUCAAGUGGAACCUAUUAGAAAAGACAAGAAAACUUCAACCCUGUGCAUGCAAAAUUCCUCCUAAUGGAAAACCGGCUUAACCGACUGCCCAGAUAGAACAAAGGACGAGAGUUGAUUCAAUAUUACUGAUCAGUUAAUGUAAGCGAGCAACUCUCAUCAAAAUUUGAAGCAGCUCAAAAAUUAUAAGAGAUGAUGAGAGUGUGUGAGAAUUAGUCGGCAGUCGUACUGUACAUGAGCAAGAGUUGCAACUCUUGUCAACAAUCAAACUUGUUUGACCAGAGUUGCAACUCUCAUCAACUCUCAAACUCUUUGACCAGUGCUUCACCACUUCAGGAACUACAGUAUGCAUUGUCGUGUUUACCAAUAAUCAGUGACCAUUUGCCACUUUCAUACACAGACAAAUUAUCAGAGUAAUUACUAGACAAGUUUUUUUUCCUUUACCCUUUUAAAAUUUUGGUCUUCUUUAAGUGCUCUUUAAUAUUUCUAGUAAAGUCAAGGGAUGUGUUUGAGAGAGCGGUGGAAUUUUAUGGUGAGGAAAACAUGGAUGAAAGACUGUUCGUGUCAUUUGCCAGAUUUGAGGAACAAUGUAAAGAGGUAAACAGUAUAGAACUGAGAGCUUUUCAGUUGAUUGUUGUGACUUUUGAUGUGCUGUGCUGCAUUACAUUGUGUUGCUUUGUGUUAUGCCAUGUAUCAAUUAAGUUGUUUUUUCUCUAGCAUGACAGAGUGAGGGUUAUCUGUAAAUAUGCUCUUGAUCAUCUGCCAAAAGAACAAUGUCAGGUAAGUUAGUAAUCUCAAGAUUAUUUUGAUAGGAAAUUUACUGUACCUAUUUGUAUCUAUAUGCCUAAUCACCACAGAGUGUACUAAGUCUUGCAUACAGUAUGAUUAAUUAAAUUCUAUGUUACCUAAUGUAUCGAUGCCUCUCGGGCCGACCCCGGGAAUUUGAACUUUUUGAAAUUUGACUGAUCAAAUUCUCCACCCCCUGUGCAAAACAUCUCUUCAAAUGUGCCACUUUAACAAAAAAAUUAAGCGUUCAAAUACCCACCUUCAUAAUAAAAAUUAUGAAACAGUAAAUACAAAAAGUACAAAAUAUUUCGGCAAGAUAGCGAAAUUCACUUAAAAAGUUUGGAAACCUUAUGGAAAUGUAACAGUUUUACACAAUUUUGUAGUACACACCUUCAAAUGCAGCCAAUGCAAAGUCUUUUCUGUCUUUUGCAGCCACAGGACAAAAUUUUAAGACUUCUUGCCUCACCACAUGAAACUAAAUGCCCCACCACAUGAAAGACAUAGAACGCCAAAUUCCCUACUCCCUGGAGAAGAUUUGAAGUCAAAUUCCUGGGAUAUGCCUGGGGGGGGGGGAAUGUUGAAGUUUCGAAUUUAUCGGUACAUAAAUAUUUGUUCUUUAUCAGAUAUAAAGCAUUUUAUAUCUGCACAAGCAUUUUAUAUCUGAUAAAAGAAUAAAGCAUGAACUGUAAGUAUUUUAAAUGGCUUAAAAAACAACCCAUAUAAGGCCAUUUUAUUAGGUAAUUGGCAAAUAAGUUUUAAAUAUAGGGUACAGUCCGCUCCGCGCAUGCGCACAUAGGAGUCUCCUGCCAUGAUAUAAACACUUUAAUUAGGUUUUUAUUUCAUUUUAUGUUCUUGCAAAGCCUGAUUGUUGUAUUUUGAUAAUUUAUUAUACUGUAGAAGCAUGAAAAUAUAAAUAUAUAGUUGUCGAAUAAAGUUCAAUAUUUUGAAUACCGAAAUGUAAACAAAGGCUUUGUUUACUUACGGACUGUACCCUACCUUUAAAAAUAAACAUUGUCUAAGCUGAGAAAAUCUAAAGUUUACGUUAACAUCAUUUUUUAUCACAUAUGAAAACCACCGACACGGUAGCAAUUUCCUUUGUCUUUUCCUUGUGAAUUAUUGAGUUUUUUAAUUGAGAAUAUUAUAUUUCUCUGUAGGAGCUUUACACGUUUUACACUCAACAUGAGAAGAGAUUUGGCGACAAAGGUGGAAUUGAAGAUGUCAUUGUUUCAAAACGAAAGUUUCAAUACGAAGAGGUACAAUAUACUGUAGUUAGGAUUGUGGCGCAUGCAUACAGUAUUUCAUUUGUGUGUAAUAAUAGACAAACAGAAGACAAAUGUCUUCCAGAUUAUCUAUGGUGUAAUUCAAUGUCAUUUAUAAGUGAUAAAAUUCUUCACAAUUUGCUUCUACUGUACUUGUGUCAACAGAUUUUGUUCAUGUCAUGUUUCAAUAUUAUGAAAAUCCCAUCUUGAUGUACUAUUAUACAUGAACAAUUACGGCUUAGGUUAUGCUGCUUGGGUUAUGCUGCUUAGGUUAUGCGGCUUAGGUUAUGCUGCUUAGGUUAUGCUGCUUAGGUUAUGCUGCUUAGGUUAUGCUGCUUAGGUUAUGCUGCUUAGGUUAUGCUGCUUAGGUUAUGCUGCUUAGGUUAUGCUGCUUAGGUUAUGCUGCUUAGGUUAUGUUGCUUAGGUUAUGCUGCUUAGGUUAUGCUGCUUAGGUUAUGCGGCUUAGGUUAUGCUGCUUAGGUUAUGCUGCUUAGGUUAUGCUGCUUAGGUUAUGCUGCUUAGGUUAUGUUGCUUAGGUUAUGUUGCUUAGGUUAUGCGGCUUAGGUUAUGCGGCUUAGGUUAUGCGGCUUAGGUUAUGCGGCUUAGGUUAUGCGGCUUAGGUUAUGCUGCUUAGGUUAUGCGGCUUAGGUUAUGCGGCUUAGGUUAUGCGGCUUAGGUUAUACAGCUUAGGUUAUGUGGCUUAGGUUAUGCGGCUUAGGUUAUGCGGCUUAGGUUAUGCGGCUUAGGUUAUGCGGCUUAGGUUAUGCGGCUUAGGUUAUGCUGCUUAGGUUGGUAUGCUGCUUAGGUUAUGCUGCUUAGGUUGGUAUGCUGCUUAGGUUGGUUUGCGGCUUGGGUUAUGCGGCUUAGAUUUAUAGGUGUAGUUGUGACAUCACCGGUCUUGAAUCAACCGACUCUUUUGGUAACCCAUUACAGUAACUCACCAAACCACAGUGCACUGUAGUUCACCCUGCAUCCUUACGGUCAAGGGAUAUUCAUUAUUAAAGUCAAUUUUUUUGUUCAGGAAAUCAAAGCAAACCCAAACAACUAUGAUUCGUGGUUCGACUACAUCCGUCUGAUGGAAAAUGAAUCAACACCAGAUGCAGUGAGAGAAACGUAUGAACGUGCUAUAUCAAACAUACCACCGUCACAGGUAAAUGUUAUACAGUAUAUUCAUAUUGGUAUCCACUGACGCUUCAUUUCUGAUCCUUGUCUUAUCCUUUCCAUCCUAAUGGCUAAUACCCAAACUAAAAAAAUUCCAAAAGGGAAUUUUAACAAGAGGGGCUCAGCCUCCAUAACCUAAGUAUAUAAGCCCCCUUCCAGUAUAAUACAUAAUAAUAAUAAUAUCUAUUACAAAUGGUAUUAUUUAGGAGAAAAGAUUAUGGAGACGUUAUAUUUACCUAUGGAUAAAUUAUACCUUGUAUGAAGAACUAAUUGCUAAGGUACAGUAAUCAGUAAUCAGUAUAAAUCACUAUCUGCUGUGAUUACUUACUGUAAUUUAGUUAGGAAACUCAUUUCAUAAUUGAUAAAUAUUUUUUGUAAUAUUUGUUUAUUUUAGGAUAUGGAAAGAACAAGACAAGUAUACAAAGCGUGUUUGGACAUCAUUCCUCAUAAAAAGGUUAGCUGCUGUACAGUACUGUUGACAUUAUUUAUUUCAAACAGCAAUGACACAGAGUAUAUACAGUACUAUAUAGAGGUCUGACUCAGCCAAAAAAAGUAAUUGGCCUGUCUCGGCGCUAACGAUAGGCACUCUUCCCCUAAAGAUCAGGAACAAGCCUACCAUUUUGAAUGUUUUCAUGGGAAUGAUAGUCUCUUCUUAGAGCACUGGCUAUAGGAACACAUAGUACUGGCUGGUUAUGCUGACAAAGAGUCGGACCUAGUCUAUACUCUGCCCCAAUGACAUUUGUUUUUUUUUUGCAAAGCUUUCGAUCUGUCUAAAAAUAAAUUGUUUUUUCCUGAGGGUGAACUUGGAAAACUGAAUAAAUGUGCACAACAACAAUUUAACAUUAUACUAUUUUUUCUUUAGUUUACUUUUGCCAAGAUCUGGCUUCUGUAUGCACAGUUUGAAAUUCGACAGCUGGAAUUAAUGAAUGCCAGGAAAGCACUGGUAAGGAUUACAAUGAACAUUUAACUGUACUGCAAGGGUGGAAAAAAUGGGACCAAAAGUUGUAAGCAUGCAAAAAAGUUCUGUCACUUUACUCACUUACAGUAUAUCGUCUCUUCAUAACUGAGUUGUACUUUAACUUUAUACAGCAACGUCUGUAGUUUCACAAUCAUGCAUUUUGUCUUUAUUUUUGUUUGAUUUGAUAUGGAAAUUGGCACCACCCCCCACCCCCCCUUGCAGCCCUGCCCCUUGUUAUUACGGGUGCACACCCCAGUAUAGAUUCACUCCUAUUUUUUACUGAGAAUUAUUGUGUUUCAACAUUCUAUCAUUGUGGGCAUGUCGGCUGCAAAAUUCUUAUGAAAAUGUAAAAAAUAGAAGUUUUUUGUCAGGUUUUUUUUUCGACAGCAUACUGUAUAAUCCUUGAUAUUCUGCUUCAGUAAUAUAAAAUAAUAUUUUCAUUUCACAGGGUGUUGCUAUUGGAAAAUGUCCAAAGGAUAAAUUGUUUAGAGAAUAUAUUGGCUUAGAACUUCAGGUAAAUAUCCGACUUUUUUUCUUGGGCUAAAGUGAUAGCCAAUGCAGAAAGAAAACAAUAAUUGUUUGAUUUAUUUAUUUAUAGUUACGAGAAUUUGAUAGAUGUCGAAAGCUGUAUGAGAAAUUUUUGGAGUUCAAUUCGUCAAAUUGUACAACCUGGAUAAAGGUACGAUAAAAACGUCAUUUAUAACACAGUCAAACAUAUUAUUAACAAACUGUUACAGUAGCUCUUUAUUUAAAGGCUACCUCUGUAAAGCUGGUUACAAACUACAGUCGAACCCCUAUAAGCGGACACCUCUCUUAAGCGAACACCUCUUUUAAGCGGACACAUAUCUCAGGUCCCAUUUGGUUUCUUUAAUAAAAAACUAUUAUCAUAACCCCUAUUAAGUGGACACCCCUCUUUAACGGACGCGGACACCUUUCUGGGGUCCCAAUGGGCAAAUCAACCUCUCUUAAGCGGACAGAUUGUCUGAUAAAAUAUAUUCAAUAUUCGACAGUAAAUAACAAUUGAGAUCAAUUUACAUUGCACAUUGACAGUGACACAUCAACUUGGCACGAAGACAUCAGAGCCAAGAUUAUUGAGGAAGUGACGAAUGAGGACGGAGGACUGUGAGCCGCCAGCCAUGAUGAUACUCAAAUUACACACCUAAUUACACACCUUUGCCUCCUGCUGUGUUUUUCUACAUACCCCUUUUAAGCGGACACCCCUUUUAGGCGGACACUUCGGCGAGGUCCCGAAGGUGUCCGCUUAAUAGGGGUUCGACUGUAGAAAGUUUUAUUUGCCAAAUGCACAAGUGUAUAUGCAGCAAAUUCUCUGUGACUAGUUCUUUUACCAUAUCUAGUAUAACGUAUGGAGCUUCGGUGACGAAGUGGUUAGCGCACUUGCCUUUCACCUCUGAGGCCGCAGGUUCAAGCCUCAGUGAGAACUUCUCAAUGCGACACGAUCCCAGUCCUCGUGCGGAAAAGAGUAAAAGUCAACGCUCUGCCGAAAGUCGUGGGUUUUCCCGGGGUACUCCGGUUUCCUCCCAAAGGGAAAGUUUAUAGGGUAGGUGUGGGGUGACCCUGCCUAGUUGGCAAAAGCUAAAUAAAAAAAUAAAUAACGACAUAUCGCUGUCCACAACAGCCAUGUCCAAGUGUUGAAAUUACUUUGUCAAAUUUUCUUUGUUGACCCGUGUACAGUACACGAUUUGUACAUGUACUUUGGCAAAUAUGCUAUGACAAGCACACUUGCUCAAAAGCUAGUAUGCCAGGUUUGAACAAAAUUUACUUUCAUAGAAACCGUGGCAAAGUUUAAACAUACGUUUAUUUUUCAGUAUUCAGAAUUGGAAACGAUUCUUGGAGAUGUUGAAAGAGCUCGAGCGAUUUUUGAAUUGGCCGUGGGACAAACUUUGUUGGAUAUGCCUGAGGUAUGGCUUUACGAACUUUAUAUACUUUUUAAAAGGUACUGCUUCACGUUUGUAUUUGGGACAUGUUGAAGACGGUCAAGAUAACUGAUGUACAGUAGAAUACAGUGUUAACCCAUUAAGCUACAGGCUUCCCCGUUGACAAGUAAAAUCGUGUGGCAUUAGACAAGUAAAAAAAAAGUUGGGCGCACUGGGGCACCUUUAAGUGACAAUGCACCCUACUUUAGUAUUUUACUCUGUCUAAUGCCAGACGAUUUUACUUGUCAAGUGCAGAGUACUGCCACUCAAUGGAUUAACCAAACAAACUGCCCGUGCAGUCUCUUUUACCUUUAAGUGGUAAUGCACCCUACUUUAGUAUUUUACUCUGUCUAACGCCAGAGGGUUCUACUCUGUCUAGCGCCAGACGAUUUUAUUCGUCAAGUGGAGAGUGCUGCCACUCAAUGGGUUAAUUUAAUCAGUUAACACUGAUUUGCUUCUAUGCCGCACAAAUAUAAAAUAGAUCCUGACUCUUUCAGAUUAUAUUUGUGACGUUGUCUGUGAGUGUGUCCACACUCGGCAAGCUAGAAAGUUUGCUUGAAUUGAACCAACUACAGUUUUUGCACUGCCAAAUGAACACCAAAAUAUAUUAAUUAAAAAGUCACGAAAAAGCUAUACUUUAGCUCAAAAUUUAUUUUGUUCUGUGCUUUAUUGUUCAGGUAUUAUGGAAGGCCUACAUUGAUUUUGAAAUCAGUCAGGAAGAAUUUCAAAAAACAAGGGAUCUUUAUGAGCGACUACUCGAGAGAACACAACACGUCAAAGUAAGUUUGAUUACAGCAGGGAUCCUGAACUAAACUAAAUAUAAUUAUCUCACUUAGUUGGACUUUUUGUGGCACAUACUUUCAUUUUGGGGACCAGGGUUAGAUUUCUGCAAUAUACAGUACAAUUGUAGGACAAUAAUUUCUCGUCAGUUGCAUGUAAGAAGAGUGCUUCCAAUUUUCCAAUUUGAGUAUUCUAGCAGAUUUUCUUUGGGUACUUUUGGUACCUCCUACAGUAACACUGGCCCACUAAGGAGUUGUCUUACUUAACUUCUAGGGAGAUACUACAGUAACUGAUAAAGUAGGUUAGGUGUGCUCUUGUAGUAUUAGUAGUAACACUGGAACAGCAAGAGAUAGCUCUUAGACUCUACUGUAUCUAAUAACUGAUAGAACUAUCUAGUAUAAUUGAUCUACUGUAACUAGACCUCUCAUGAAUAUUCUUUUUGUUUUUUUCAUAGGUAUGGAUCAGUUAUGCUCAAUUUGAAUUGACAACAGACUUGGAUGAUCGUAUUUCCCAAACCAGGUACUGUACUUUUUGUUUGACAAUAUUGAUUGAAACAUUGCAAAUUUAAGAUUGCCCCCCUUUGGCCCUAGGAUUGCCUGUGGUCCGCCCUUUGCAAUUGACCAAAAAUUUUCUACACAUAUUUUUAUCAGUGGAAACUAAUUAGCCAUUUCUCAAUCUAGCAAAGGACUGGGUCUAGUUGAUGGUUGGAGGGACAAGAAGUUAUAGUGAGCGAGCUAAAUAUAUAUUAAAAGAUGCAUUAUUAUAAUUGUUGCGUUUCAGGCUGCACAAAUACUGUAACUUUAGGAAUGUAGGAAAACUUCCUAGAUGCCAUAUUCGGCAUAUUGUUUAUUUUUGUCCUUCCAAACAAGCGACUAGACCCAGUCCUCUGCUCGAUUGGGAAAUGGCUAAUUGUUUUGAUGAAAGAAAUGUUUUUCAACAAUUUUCAGAAAAUUUCGAGUAGGUUGGGGCAUUAUUUGAAUUUUUUCCCAAAAAAUCCUGUGGCCCCCUUUUUUAACUUUUUUUUACCCUAUUGGACAAUAGGGUAAAAACAUUUUCUUUCGUCAAAACAAUUACUCUCAAUUCAUAAGAACUUGGCCUUGACCUCCAUAGCAAUGUUGUCCUUGUCUUAGUGGUAAAGUACGAAUGCAGUUGGUCUUUGAAAAUGAACUUAGUGGUUUGGCUGUCAAAACUCUACAUCCAAAUCACAUUAUAAGUUAGGCUAGUAGCAUCUUUGUUCAAUGGAAUGGCUUCAUUUCAUCAUUUUCUACUCAUGUUGCAGGAAUGUGUACGAACGUGCUAACCGUGAGCUAAAAACCGCUGAAGAUAAGGAAGAAAGACUCAUGUUAUUGGAAUCAUGGAAGCAGUUUGAAGCAAGUGAUAUAUAUCUUUUUCAUGCUUUCUCUUAUUUUGACAAUAUGCCUCUCAUCCCCCUUUAAGAUUUUCAAACCUUGGUUAUAUUACUUAAAGUGCGAAUAACCCCAAAUAUCAUCUUUUGUACAGUAUGUGCUAUUUAAAGCACGCGUAGGAGUGUUUUAUCACUCCUACGCGUGCUUUAAAUGGCUUAAAAAACGACUCAUCUUAUACGAGUUCAUUGGCGAAGUAAUUUUUAAAAUAAACUUUGUCUAAACCGAGAAAAUCAAAGCUAAAGUUUAUGUAAAUUAACAUGAUUUUUUAUCACAUAUUUUUAUAUGUGACACGACACGCUUAUGAUUUUUCUUUGUGUUUUGCUCCUGAAUUAUUGAGUUUUUUAAGUGUAUUUAGGUCAUUCGAGGAGGAAAUGUAAUAUUAUCUUUAAAACAAAAAAUCCCAUCUUGAUCAAAUUUUUCACUGUCAAAGGUUCCGGAUAUGAUGUCAUUAGGUGAAUUGCAAAUUAGUUUUCCUUUGUUUUUUGUACCAAAAAUUUACCUAAUGACAUCAUAUCCGGAAACUUUGACAGUGAAAAAGUUGAUUAAGACGAGGUUUUUUACUAUAAAGAUGCAUUACAUGUCUUCUUAGAUAUUACACAUACCAAAAAUUAUAUUUGGGGUUAGUCGCACUUUAAAAUCAUUGUUUUGAUGAAAGACGACGUUUUUCGCCACUUACCGAACAUUUGGAGUAGUUUGAGAUAAAAUAUGAACCUUUGGAAAAUAAAUCGAAGACGAUAGGGGGGAGAUGUCUUGCCCGAAUUUCGCAUUGAUUUUUGCCCGACCGUAACGGGGCACGUGCCCCCCCCCCCCGUCCCAUACGCCUAUGCAAUUUCUUAUCAGUUGAAAAUUAUUGUUUUGAGCUGUUUUUUGCCACUUUCCAAAGGCGUGGAGUAUUUUGAUGCAAAAUAUGCAAAAGUUAGUCGAAAACCAAGCCGGGUGGAUUACAGUAUCCUCUUGUGUAUUAUUAAAUUAAGGUUAAAAUUUUUUUCUACAGACAACGUCCGGUGAUGAGGAAUCACUAGAGCUUGUCCAGAAGAAAAUGCCACGAAAAGUAAAGAAAAGAAGGAAAAUUGAAACAGAUGAUGGG